AGACGUCACAAGUCUGGAAAAGCUUCACCGAUUAUCUCCAAAAAAUACCAAGAAAGGGAGACAAAGUCAGAAUUUUGGAGCCCUUUUCUAUGCUCUUAAAGGGGGUUGAUCUCAGCAAGUACUACCACUACAAUGGCUCACUGACCACCCCUCCCUGUGAUGAAGCUGGGGUUUGGACCAUCUUUAAGGACCCAAUUAGAAUCAGCAAAGAUCUGCUGCUCAGAUUCCCAACAAAAAUGUCUUUUGACAACGUAUAUCAGCCACAGCAACCGCUGAACAAUCGUGUGGUCUAUUCUUCCACUGCUCUCACCGCAGGUCACACAGGAACAACUGAGGGGGGCCCUAAUCCGAAAAUUAUGCACAUAGUUUAA